ACGCAAAACAAAAAGGACACGGAAAGACGUUAGAUUUCAAAUAAUCGCAUCCGCCAGCCUUCUUGUGUCUGGUGCUGUUUGCAUCGAAAUUAUUGUUGAGUGCAUGCGAGAGAACUCUUCUGCCCUGACUUAAAGGGUGAAUAAAAUUUAGCAGUCGGAGAAGACAAGCCUGGGUGAAGGUCCCAGACCCUCAGUAAGGCUUAAAUAACAUUGUGAUGGAGGUUGAACAGAAGGAUGACUCUAGCAACACUCUGGCCAAUGGAAGUGCCAAUUCAGGCAAACGUGGCAGGGGCAGACCACGAGGCUCAGUUAAGAAAAAAAUUAUCUCUGUGAAAGAGGUAUCUCACAAUGCUAGGGCAUCCAAAAGAGUGGAUUUCUUUUCACCUGAGACGGUGAUAAGGCCAAAAGUCAAGAAGCGUGGUCGUCCGAAAAAGAUAAAAAUUCCAGGAAGACCGAGAAAGAUUCCCCUUACACCAGAGGAAGAAGCAGAGAGAAUUUUAAGAUUGAGCAAGAAACGGAAACUUUCAAAGCCUCUUGGGAGACCCCGCAUUCAUCCCCUUGUAGACAUGCCAAAGGAGAAAAGGGGAAGAGGUAGACCACGCAAAUAUGAAUCCAUGGCUUCACAAAAUGGCAGAAUUGACGGGAACCUGAAAAGUGUAAAGAUCACUGAAGUUGGUGGAGACACUCCUCGAAGGAGGGGAAGGCCAAGAGGCUCGUUUAAGAAGAAACGGGGACGGCCAGCAGGUCCAUCUCCAGCGAAAAGGCCAAUAGAAGGGACUCCAGGAAAAAGGGGGCGACCUCCAGGCUCUGGAACCAAGCUACAGGUCAAGCAGGAUGCGAAUGGAACUCCUCGAAAGAGGGGCAGACCCCCAGGCUCUGGACGAAAGCUAAAGGUUAUUUCAGGUGAAACAAAUGGAACUCCUAAAAAGAGAGGGCGGCCUCCAGGAUCUGGGACGAAGGUAAAGGUUGCAAAGCAGCUGACGGAUGGAAUUCCCAGAAAGAGGGGACGUCCUCCAGGUUCUGGGACCAAGGUCAAAGGUCUACUCCAGGAGACGAAUGGAAGCCCUCGGAAGAGAGGACGACCACCAGGAUCAGGAAAAGUCAAGACAAUUACAGAGGAGGCUGAACAUGUUCUCACUAACAGUACCUUCUCUGUUGAUGCCCAGCCUCGUAAGAGGGGCCGUCCUAAAAAGGCUGAAGCCUUUCCAGCCGUUCAAGCUGAAGAAGGAAAGAGCAAGGAGAAUGAUGAACCCUCGCCCAAGCGACCCCGUAACUCAUUUGCCUCUACCAAGAAUUCAAGUAAGCCAGACGCUGAAGACCAAAAGGCCAGUGAGAAUGAUGGUUGCCACGUGGCUACAACAGUAGAAAAUCCUGUUCUGUCUGCUGGAGGUGCUGCAAAACCAGACAAUAUAGAACAGGUUGGUGAGGAUGAGCUAAAUGAUGCCUCGGUAGAGGAGGUUCAUGAGAGUAACAGCAGAAAGAUUUCAUCCUCAAGGGUAGCAGGUAAAUCCCAAAAAAAGAAGUAAAUCAUUGGGUAGUAUAGAGCACAAAUAUUUUUGAAUGGGUUUUUACCAGAUUUCAUACAAAUUGUUUGACUUGUCCCGAAGGUUAGUAAUGCAGAUAUCUUUUUUUUUUUUUUUUUUUUUUUUUUUUUUCCUGUUGCUCAGCUCUUGUGCUUUUGCAUGUCUUUUAAAGAAAUGUUUAUUUUGAUACUCUAUGGUACACCACCUUCAUAUAAAUCCCCAUUGAAACAGACAUUUACAAAUGCAGAUUUUGAAUUGCAUUCAGAGACGAAAUGGAAUUCAAAUUUUUAGGCAAGUAAUCAUCUGCCUACAGUCUGUCUGCAUGACUAGCUGUCUAAGCAAGUCUUAGUACACUGAGCAUUUUUAUUAUUUAUACAAAUUUAUUAGGUGCGGAAAUAAGCUAUUUCAGGACUAUUCGGCAAUUCUGCUAAAAAAAUUUUUAUAUCAACGGCAAGAUCAAAUGGAACAUGAACUACAUUUUAUGCUAGUCUGUAUUGGUGUGUCUUGAAAUUACACCUGUGUUUGGAAGAAGCCUGAAAUUUCCUCUAGGCUUGAUGCUGGAUGUUGAAGAAUGCUUGUUAGAGAAGUAUUGGUGCAGGAUCUAUGGUGGGUUUUUGUUUGUUUGUGUUUUUUUUUUUUAAUCUGAAUUUUAAUAGAAGCAUUUGUCAAGAAAAAAUGGCAUGCAGUUUAAUGGUCCCAUCACUGGACGGCAAAACAUCAGACUAUUCUAGCUAGACAUCACUGCAUCCUGAGCCUGUGCUGCCAUCCGUGCAAUCCACUCAACAGGUCUUAAAAGUGUCAUGUGUACCCAUGGGUGCUUGAAUUUAUAUAGAUAUAUUAAAAAAACAGGAAUUAAAAAUGUUCAACUGAAAUUUGUUGAAAGAUGAAAGUUGUUUGAUAUGCAUGAAACACGUCGUGAAAUGCAUAAAAUCUCUUUGUAUUUGUAAAAAAAAAAAAAAAAAGUGAUUGGCAGUAUACCGGUUUAUAAAACAGACCCCGGAGUUUGUAGCUCUAACUCGAGAGCCAUUUUAGACACAGUAUGCGUCUUCACACCAGCUGUUGACUGAAGAACACUGAAGCGGGUGGCUGAUUUUAUCCUUUCGGGGGUUGUGUGUUCCCUGUGACCAGUAAGCAGUUUUAAAAUUUUCAGGUGCAUGAUGUGGUGACUGAGGAAUUACUGAAUUUUAGAUCUUUUAAUAAUGUAUUAGGAACAUCGGCUAUGUAGCACAGCUCCAGCGUCACUAUAUAUUUUUUUUUAAUCAAGAGUCUUGACAUUGUUUCCAUAAAAUGUGGAAUAUGUAUCAUAGCAUACACAUUUCCAUAAAAAUGUGUAUGCUGUUGUAUGUACUAUUACUGUCCAAGAUUGGCAAAGCAUAGUUAUGCUUUGUUUUAAGAUUAUUACCUACUGCUAUAAAAAAUCGGCCUGACAAUAUUAAAAAGCAGUUUUGCUCAAUUAAGUGUCUAAUAAUGUUUUCCCAUACUCCCCUUAUCAUGUGACAUGUACAGUUGCAUUCAAAGUUGGUGUUAUGACAGCUUACUUUUAUUCAUUUGUGUGUGUAAAACGUAUUAUUUUUUUUUUUAAAUGAAUUUCCAUUCGUUUAGAAAGUAACAUUGUAAUUAUACCUGUUAUAAAGCAGGAGUUGAAUGUCCAUGUGAUGUUUUCUUUCAUGAUUGUGAAGACGUUUUUUUAAAAAAAAAUUUCUGCUUAAUUAUUUUUCAGGGCAUAAACUAAAAGGACAUUUACACAACAGAAGCUAUAGUUAUUAGAACCUCUUAGAAUUUAAUUUUAUGGCAGUUUGAAACAUGAGACCACAGUGAAGUUUUUUUUUUUUUGUUUUUGUUUUUUUGUUAAAUUACUAACCAUGUGAACAGAAAUAUUUAUAUGUAAAUCUAGUUGUUUAUGUUGCUAAUGUUCUGGUUCUGUUUGUCAGAUUGUAUUUGUUGACAUUUCUGUCCAAAAUGUUCACAACUAAUUGGCAGCCAUGAAAAUAAUUGUUUCAAUUAGCUAUGGUUAUGUGAUUAUGUACUGCAUUACAAGUUUGUAUAAUUAAAAAAGUUCCAUACUUGCUACAUCAGUUUUCUAAAAAAAAUCAGUUUCCAUGACUUUUUAUUGCAAUUUCUCUUGAUUGAUGUAUAAACGUUGAAGUUCAGAAAAAGAUCUUCCUGUGAUUAUAUUUGUGGCACUUCUGUUCCUGUUCUGAAAUGUGUUCAGACUUUGUCUAAAAACUCUGGAUGGAAACUUAAAAAUGGUUCCCCCCCCCCUCCCCUUUUUUUUUUUUUUUACCAUCACUGUUCAGAAAGCGCUGAUUGUGGUUUUGAAUUUACUAAAGCAACAAUGUCAUUACAUUCUCAUUGCUGAAGCAGAGUCCUUCUUUCUCCCUUUAGUGGUUCAAAUGCUUAAUAACAUCCGAAAAGGAGAGUGAAGCCCUUUAGCCCUUUCAAGAAAUGUGAUACCUUUCUAUGAUUUAGGAGAGGUCUAAAACAUUCAAAAGUUGGUACCCUAGGCUAGAAUAAAAUAAAAACCACCUGUCAGAGGGCAACAUUUGAGCUGAAAUCUAAGUGUUAUACAUAAACUUCAUUGAACUGCAAGUGUGGGAUAGACUACAUGUGGUGUUUUCCAGUCUGCAGCUUGCGCUUGUGGAAUUUGCUGUUGUUUAAUUUAGUUUCAGUAGAUGGGUAUAAUGCCUUGAUAUUUGACAGUAGAUGUGUACAUCCCUGGUAGAAAGUGUAUAUAAAGCAACUUUUUUCCCCCCUAAAAUGACUGAUCCUAACCAUUUUGCUUAGAAUAGAUGUAUUAGCUUCCAGCAAGUGCAUAGGCUUGUUUUCUACUAUAGUAACUUCUUUGAUGUUUGAUUUAUACAUUAAUCUGUACUCUUAACAAUUAGAAGCUGUUUAAUGUGAGCACUUGUAUUUGAUAUUUUUUCUUUAAUAAAAUGCUUUCUUCAACCAUA